AUGGGGACGGUGUUCUCAAGAAGCGAUCCGCUUAGACAGAGCCUUAUGAAGCUCGAGGAGCAAAUAUCAAGGAAGGAGAAGAAGCUGAAGGGGAUUAGGAUUUCACAAGGGCGCCUCAUGAUGAGGAGUGGCGUUGUAUCGAUUGCGGUUGUUGCAACAUGUGUUUUAUACUCGUAUGCUGAGGAGCAGAGCUUGCUACUUGUUGCUGUGGGAAGCGGGUUUAUGUGUUAUUCUGUGUCAUACUUUGCAAAGUGUUUGUACAGGAUGAGGGCGAUGAGAAUUGAAGCAGAGCUUGAAGAGAUGAGGGAUGCACAAAAGGAAAAGAUUGACAUGCUGAAGAACGAUAAGUCUUUUGAGGCAACGAAGAGGCUGAUUGACAAAUAUGAGAGUGAGUCUGAGCGUAGAAGCUAUUUUGAAGGUGUUAAGCAGAGGAAGAAGCGGAUGAUAGACAGUGUGGCCGAUAUUGUUCUGGGAGACGAUCCUGGAACGAUGUAUGCAUUGAUAUGCAAGAAGUGCAGGUAUCACAAUGGGCUUGUGCAUCCAAGUGAGUAUGACCUGAAUGAAUUCUAUUGCUACAACUGCAACGAGUUGAAUAUCAGAAGUGCAUCAAAAAGUGCGGAUGUGAAGAAUAUCAAUGGUAAAUAA